UCCUCCUCCUCCUCCUCCUCGCCCUCACGUCCCAACUCGGGAGCGCCGCCGAUCGGUCGCCAGAAUUUUCCCUUCUCGGCCAAAAUGGAGGAGGAGGUCUCUUGCUUAAUGAAGGGAGCACAGACUGUAUGACCGGAUCUGCUUCAAUGAAAGGCGAAAGGAUCCGCUUUCUCUAAUAAAUAAUUAUUGCAACAACAAAACCCUUUGAGGAUAUUUAUCGCUAUUUCUGCAUAAGCGACCACAGCCAUGAGCGCAGGAGAGGGACUAGAUGAGGCUGCGAAGGACGCGGCAGACAUAGCGGCGUUUUUCAAAUCCGAUUGCUCUCUUCCAAAAUGUGAAUCCAAACUGGAUGGCCCGGGUCAAAGCUCAGGGUUCCAUCGCAAUGAGGAUAUGAAGGCCAUUGAUGUGCUUCCUAUCCUCAAGGAGAAGGUUGCUUUUCUCUCAGGUGGCAGAGACAGACGAGGUGGUCCAGUUCUCACCUUUCCAGCACGGAGCAACCAUGACAGAAUACGACCCGAAGACCUCCGCAGGCUCAUAUCCUACCUGGCUACUAUUCCCAGCGAGGAGGUGGUCAGACAUGGCUUCACAGUCAUUGUGGACAUGCGUGGUUCUAAGUGGGACAGCAUCAAGCCUCUGCUGAAGAUCCUUCAGGAGUCUUUCCCUUCUUGUAUCCACGUCGCCCUCAUCAUCAAACCAGACAACUUCUGGCAGAAGCAGAGGACCAACUUUGGCAGCUCCAAGUUUGAAUUUGAGACGGUGAUGGUCUCCUUAGAGGGUUUAUCCAAGAUUGUGGACCCAUCCCAGCUGACAGCUGACUUUGAGGGCAGCUUAGAGUACAACCAUGAUGACUGGAUUGAGGUGCGACUGUCAUUUGAGACUUUUGCUAGUGAUGCAGCCAGGGCACUGUCACGUCUCGAGGAGCUCCAGGACACCUUAUCCCAACGUGAUCUCCCACGGGACCUGGAGGGGGCCCGGAGGCUCAUGGAAGAACAUGCAGCGCUUAAGAAAAGGGCCACUAAGGCAUCUGUGGAGGAGCUGGAUGCUCAGGGACGAAGGCUGUUACAAAGGUUACAGUCGCAGACGGCAGGAAGUGGAAGUACUAGUGAAAGCGGGUACGGUAACCGCUCUGGUGGAGCUAGUGGAGAUUCCAACGACCAUCAUCAGGGUUUUCAUACACAUGCAGACGCACACAACCUAGUAGUUAAAGUGACUGGUUUGUUGGAUAAGCUGCAUGGGACUCGCCAAAAUCUGCAGCAGCUGUGGCACAUGAGGAAGCUGAAGCUGGACCAGUGUUUCCAGCUGCGUCUGUUUGAACAGGAUGCAGAGAAGAUGUUCGACUGGAUCAUGCACAACAAGGGCCUUUUUCUCACCAGUUAUACAGAGAUCGGAGGGAAUCACCAGCAUGCCGUCGAGCUGCAGACCCAGCACAACCACUUUGCUAUGAACUGCAUGAAUGUGUAUGUGAACAUCAAUCGGAUCAUGUCUGUUGGGAACCGGCUCUUGGAGUCAGGCCACUACGCCUCCCAGCAGAUCCAGCAGAUCUCUGGACAGCUGGAGCAGGAGUGGAAGGCUUUUGCUGCAGCACUGGAUGAACGCAGCACCCUGCUGGAGAUGUCUGCCAGCUUCCACCAGAAAUCAGACCAGUAUAUGAGUAAAGUGGAGCCAUGGUGUAAGGCCUGUGGUGAAGGAGAGCUGCCCUCUGAACUCCAGGAUCUGGAAGACACAAUCCAUCAUCACCAGGGACUAUAUGAGCACAUCACCACCGCAUACUCUGAGGUAAGCCAAGAUGGGAAGUCUCUUCUGGACAAACUGCAGCGACCUUUGACCCCAGGAAGUGCAGAUUCAUUGAUGGCUUCGGCUAACUACUCCAAGGCCGUGCACCAUGUCCUAGACAUCAUUCACGAGGUGCUGCAUCACCAGAGGCAGCUGGAAAACAUCUGGCAGCAUCGCAAGGUCCGCCUGCACCAACGGCUGCAGCUGUGUGUCUUUCAGCAGGAUGUACAGCAAGUGCUGGACUGGAUAGAAAACCAUGGUGAGGCCUUCCUCAGCAAACACACUGGUGUGGGGAAGUCUUUGCACAGAGCCAGAGCUCUACAGAAGAGACAUGAAGAUUUUGAAGAGGUCGCACAAAACACCUACACAAAUGCUGACAAGUUGCUGGAGGCAGCAGAGCAGCUGGCUCAGACCGGAGAGUGUGACCCAGAGGAAAUUUACCAGGCUGCCCACCAGCUAGAAGAUCGCAUCCAGGACUUUGUGCGCCGUGUUGAGCAGCGUAAAGUUCUGCUUGACAUGUCUGUUGCCUUCCACACACACGUCAAAGAGCUGUGGACAUGGUUGGAGGAGCUUCAGAAAGAACUGCUGGACGAUGUGUAUGCAGAGUCGGUGGAAGCAGUGCAGGACCUGAUCAAGCGUUUUGGUCAGCAGCAGCAGACCACGCUGCAGGCUACUGUCAAUGUCAUCAAGGAGGGAGAGGACCUCAUACAACAGCUCAGAGACUCGGCCAUUUCGAGCAACAAGACUCCCCACAACAGCUCCAUGGCCCACAUUGAAAGUGUGCUGCAACAGCUGGAUGAGGCUCAGGGCCAAAUGGAGGAGCUGUUCCAGGAAAGAAAGAUCAAACUGGAGCUGUUCCUCCAGCUCCGUAUCUUUGAGAGGGAUGCCAUUGAUAUCAUCUCAGACCUGGAAUCAUGGAACGAGGAACUGUCCCAGCAGAUGAGCGACUUUGACACGGAGGACCUGACGCUGGCUGAGCAGAGACUACAGCAUCAUGCAGACAAGGCGCUUACUAUGAACAACCUCACCUUUGACGUCAUCCACCAGGGACAAGAGUUGUUGCAGUAUGUCACUGAGGUCCAGGCGUCUGGACAACAAUUAUUUACCAGGGCCUGCCUCGCAGCUAGAAUCACGACCAUGCUGAUAUGGAAUGCAGGAAUAAAAUGUGUGGAGCUGUUAUGCGACAGAGAUGUGGACAUGGCCACACGGGUCCAGGACCUGCUGGAGUUUCUCCAUGAGAAGCAGCAGGAGUUGGACCUGGCAGCAGAGCAGCACAGGAGACAUCUGGAGCAGUGUGUCCAAUUAAGGCAUCUACAGGCUGAAGUCAAACAGGUGCUGGGUUGGAUCCGUAAUGGCGAGUCCAUGCUGAACGCUGGUCUGAUCACAGCCAGUUCGUUACAAGAAGCUGAACAGCUGCAGAAGGAACAUGAACAGUUCCAACAUGCAAUAGAGAAAACCCAUCAGAGUGCACUGCAGGUGCAGCAGAAGGCUGAGGCCUUGCUCCAGGCAAACCACUACGACAUGGAUAUGAUCAGGGACUGUGCAGAAAAGGUGGCAGACCACUGGCAGCAGCUGAUGCUGAAGAUGGAGGACCGACUCAAGCUGGUCAAUGCUUCUGUAGCCUUCUACAAGACCUCUGAACAGGUAUGCAGUGUGUUAGAAAGCCUGGAGCAGGAGUAUAAAAGAGAAGAGGACUGGUGUGGCGGUGCUGAUAAACUGGGCCCAAAUAGUGAGUCAGACCACGUCACUCCUAUGAUCAGCAAACAUCUGGAGCAGAAAGAGGCCUUCCUCAAGGCCUGUACGUUAGCUCGGCGUAAUGCUGACGUCUUCUUGAAGUACCUUCACAGGAACAGUGUCAACAUGCCUGGCAUGUUGUCCCAUGUCAAGGCUCCUGAGACUCAGGUUAAGAAUAUCUUGAAUGAGUUGCUGCAGAGAGAGAACAGAGUGCUCCACUUCUGGACCAUGAGGAAGCGAAGGCUGGAUCAGUGCCAACAGUAUGUCGUGUUUGAGCGCAGUGCCAAACAGGCCCUGGAGUGGAUCCAUGACACUGGGGAGUUUUACCUGUCCACGCACACAUCCACUGGCUCCAGCAUUCAUCACACACAGGAGCUGCUGAAAGAGCACGAAGACUUCCAGAUCACAGCAAAGCAAACCAAAGAGCGGGUAAAGCUGUUGAUCCAGCUGGCAGAUGGGUUUUGUGACAAGGGCCACGCCCAUGCCCUGGAGAUAAAAAAAUGGGUGUCCUCGGUGGACAAGCGCUACCGGGACUUCUCUCUCCGCAUGGACAAAUACCGAACCUGCCUGGAAACGGCGCUUGGCAUUUCUUCUGACUCCAACAAGGCUAGUAAAGAACUGCAACUGGAUAUUAUCCCAGCCAGUGCUCCAGGGUCAGAGGUCAAGCUGAGGGAUGCUGCCCACGAACUCAACGAGGAAAAGAGGAAGUCAGCGCGAAGGAAAGAAUUCAUAAUGGCUGAGCUGAUUCAAACAGAGAAAGCCUAUGUCAGAGACCUACGGGAGUGUAUGGAUACGUACCUGUGGGAGAUGACCAGCGGUGUUGAAGAGAUUCCACCUGGCAUUGUCAACAAGGAACACAUCAUCUUUGGGAACAUGCAGGACCUCUACGAGUUUCAUCACAACAUUUUCCUGAAGGAGUUGGAGAAAUAUGAGCAGCUUCCAGAGGAUGUUGGCCAUUGUUUUGUAACUUGGGCUGAUAAGUUCCAGAUGUAUGUGAACUACUGUAAAAACAAGCCUGAUUCCACCCAGCUCAUCCUGGAACAUGCUGGAGCCUACUUUGAUGAAAUCCAGCAAAGACAUCGCCUUGCCAACUCCAUCUCCUCUUACCUGAUCAAACCAGUUCAGAGAAUCACUAAAUAUCAGCUCCUUCUCAAGGAGUUGUUGACAUGCUGUGAGGAGGGUAAAGGUGAGAUCAAGGAUGGUCUUGAAGUGAUGCUCAGUGUUCCCAAGAAAGCCAAUGAUGCCAUGCACCUCUCUAUGCUGGAUGGGUUUGAUGGGAACAUUGACUCCCAAGGUGAGUUGAUACUCCAGGAGUCCUUCCAGGUCUGGGAUCCCAAGACUCUGAUCAGGAAGGGCCGCGACCGACAUCUUUUCCUCUUCGAGAUGUCCCUGGUCUUCAGCAAAGAAGUCAAAGACUCCAGCGGGCGCAGCAAGUACCUGUACAAGAGCAAGCUCUUUACAUCAGAGCUUGGAGUGACAGAACAUGUGGAGGGAGAUCCUUGUAAAUUUGCCCUGUGGGUGGGCAGGACCCCGACCUCAGACAACAAGAUCGUCCUCAAGGCUUCAAGUAUUGAGAACAAGCAGGACUGGAUCAAGCACAUUCGGGAGGUCAUCCAGGAGCGAACCAUUCACCUGCGUGGAGCUCUGAAGGAGCCCAUUCACAUCCCUAAAGCCACGACAGCGAAACAUAAAGUCAGACGGGAUGGAGAGGAGCUGGACAGCCAGGGAGAUGCCAGCAGCCAACCAGAUACCAUCUCCAUUGCCUCACGCACAUCUCAGAACACACUGGACAGCGAUAAGCUGUCCGGUGGCUGCGAGUUGACAGUAGUGAUUCAUGACUUUGUGGCCAGUAAUGGUAGUAGCAGUGGGGAGCUGACGGUGCGCCGAGGCCAGACUGUGGAGGUUUUGGAGCGGCUCCACGACAAGCCGGACUGGUGCCUGGUGAGGACCACGGACCGUUCUCCAGCCCAGGAGGGCAUCGUACCUUGCUCCAUGCUGUGUAUCGCUCACUCCAGGUCCUCCAUGGAGAUGGAGGGCCUCUUCAACCACAAAGACACCUUGUCUGUAUCCAGUAACGACGCCCUACAACCAGGCUCCAGCCAAACCUUGGGUCCUCACAGCUCACCAGGCCCUAAACGUCCCGGGAACACAUUAAGGAAGUGGCUCACCAGCCCCGUACGGCGGCUCAGCUCCGGCAAAGCGGACGGUCAUGUCAAGAAGCUCGCACACAAGCACAAGAAGAAUCGCGACGGCACAAGGAAGAACAUGGACACGAUGCAUGGCUCACAGAAAGACUCAGAUGACAACGCUGCCACACCACAGGAUGAGACACUGGAGGAACGCAUGCGUAAUGAGGGGCUAAGCAGUGGUACUCUGUCCAAGUCUUCCUCAUCGGGUAUGCAGAGCUGCGGCGAGGAGGAAGGAGAGGAGGGGGCCGAUGCUGUCCCUCUGCCUCCCCCAAUGGCCAUCCAGCAACACAGCCUGCUGCAGCCUGACUCCCAAGACGACAAGUCUGCAUCUCGUCUGUCCGCUCGUCCCAGCAGUUCAGAGACACCCAGUGCUGCUGAACUGGUCAGUGCCAUCGAAGAGCUGGUGAAGAGCAAGAUGUCACUGGAGGAUCGCCCCAGCUCUCUGUCAGUAGAACAGGGCGACAGCAGCUCUCCCUCCCUCAAUCCCUCUGACAACUCCCUCCUCUCCUCCUCCUCACCCAUCGACGAGGUGGACGAGCGCAAGUCUGGCUUUCUCAAGAGAAGACAUUAUGUGCUUCUUGAGCUGGUGGAAACUGAGAGGGACUAUGUCAGGGACCUGGGAUCAGUGGUGGAGGGCUACAUGAGCAGGAUGAAAGAGGAAGGAGUUCCAGAUGACAUGAGAGGAAAAGACAAAAUCGUCUUUGGAAACAUCCAUCAGAUUUAUGACUGGCACAAAGAUUUUUUUCUGGGAGAGCUUGAGAAGUGUUUAGAGGAUCCUGACAGGCUGGGUCCUUUAUUUGUCAAACAGGAGCGACGACUACACAUGUACAUCGUGUACUGCCAGAACAAACCUAAAUCUGAGCACAUUGUGUCAGAGUACAUUGACACUUACUUUGAAGACCUUAAGCAGCGGCUGGGCCACAGAUUGCAGAUCACUGACCUGCUCAUCAAACCUGUCCAACGUAUAAUGAAGUACCAGCUACUGCUGAAGGAUCUUCUCAAAAUUUCUAAGAAGGCUGGAGCGGAUACGAUAGAGCUGGAGAAAGCUGUGGAGGUGAUGUGUGUGGUCCCCAAGCGCUGCAAUGACAUGAUGAAUGUUGGACGCCUUCAAGGUUUCGAAGGUAAAAUUGUGGCACAGGGCAGAUUGCUUCUCCAAGACACCUUCAUGGUGUCAGACCAGGAUGGAGGACUUCUGUCCAGGAUGAAAGAAAGGAGAGUCUUCUUGUUUGAGCAGAUCGUCAUCUUUAGUGAGCCCCUGGACAAAAAGAAGGGCUUUUCCACUCCUGGCUACCUCUUCAAGAACAGUGUCAAGGUGAGCUGGUUGGGUUUAGAAGAAAAUGCAGAUGACCCCUGCAAGUUCACACUCACCUCCAGAUCAUCUUGUGGCAACCUGGAAAGGUAUACCCUCCAUUCAGCGAGCCCUGGAGUCAGUCAGGUCUGGGUCCACCAGGUCAGCCAGAUACUGGAGAACCAGCGCAAUUUCCUCAAUGCUCUGACAUCCCCCAUUGAGUACCAGAGGAACCACGUGGGUGGUGGCGGGCCCAGCGGUCCACCCAGCAGUAGCAGCAGUAGUACUGGUGGCCUGCCAGGAGGCAGCAGCUCCAACAGUACCUCCAACAUAGGAGGUGGAGGUGGUGGCGGUGGCGGCUCUGGAGGAUCAGGAAGCAGCUCCUCCUCCCUGUGCGGCCCUCGCUCCCGACCUUCCCGCAUCCCCCAGCCAUCCUCGCGCCUCCCACAGCCUGUCCACCACCACCAUCCUCCGGGCUCUGAGGGGCCCGACAGAUCAGCAGGUAUGUGGUCACCCUGCCACCCUCAGUCCCUCCCCUCUAACCCCUACUCUGACAGCACCACAAACGGAGAGCUGCUAGCCUCAGAGGUCCCUAAGAUGAGGAGGCUGGAUGGCCCUCAUGGAUGUAACAAUAGCAAUAACAGUAACAGGCCAUCAGACACCAUGGAGAGCAGUGUCAGACCGGGUCUGGGGGCCUAUGGGGAAACACAGAAGCUUCAAACAGCUGGUAUACCACAGAUGGCCGUGGCUCCUCUGAAUUCAACCCUGAAAAGCCCUCGAGUUGGAACAGUUUCUCCACUGAUUUCACCUCAGUCCCCCGGAGGAGGAGGAGGAGCGAAAGAAGCAUUCAUCCCCUCCAGCCCAGCUCAUAAAGGCAACUCUUUCUGGGCUAUGGUCCCUGCUAUGCCUCCCUCUCUCACCAGCCGGCCUGGUUCCUUCUCCUACCCCACUGACAGUGGUGGUGGAGGGGACUCCUUGGGCAGAGGAAGUCAAGGGAUGCCCUCUCAUCACCGCCACUCCACCCACAGUAAGGACAUAGACCGCAUGAGCACCUGCUCCUCCACCAGUGAGCAGUCCAUACACUCCACCCAGAGCAACGGGAGUGAAAGCAGUAGCAGCAGCAGUGUGUCCACCAUGUUGGUGACCCAGGACUAUGUGGCGGUUAAGGAGGAUGAGAUCAGUGUGGUGCAGGGUGAGGUGGUUCAAAUGCUAGCCAGCAACCAGCAAAACAUGUUUCUUGUGUACCGCGCAGCCAAUGAGCAGUGCCCUGCAGCUGAGGGCUGGAUCCCUGGCUACGUAUUAGGACACACCUCAUCCUCCAUCACACCCGAACUCCCUGAAGGAACCAUCAAAAAAUCAUUGUCAUGGCACACAGCACUCCGUAUCCGCCGAAAGUCUGAGAAACGAGACAAGGAGGGAAGGAAGAUGGAGAACGGCUACCGCAAGUCUCAGGAUGGGCUUGCCAACAAAGUCUCUGUCAAGCUUCUAAAUCCCAACUUCAUUCAUGAUGCUCCUCCAGAGUUUCUUGUCCCUGUCAGCGAUGUAGCAUGUGAGAGUGGCGACAGUGUUACUUUGAGGUGUAAAGUGUGUGGUCGGCCAAGGGCCACAGUCACCUGGCGGGGACCCGACAACAGCCCUCUGAGCAACAAUGGACGCUAUGGCAUCACUUACAGUGAGACAGAAGAAGCAACUCUUCGUAUCCUGGGCGUGUCUGUGGAAGACAGUGGUGUGUACACUUGUAUCGCCACAAAUGUAGCAGGCUCUGUCACCUCCUCCGCCAGCCUCAGAGUCUCAGGAACCUCUGAUGAUGGCAGUGAAGUCCUCUGGAAAAGCAGCUUUGAGUCCCACUACACAGAGAUCACUGAACUGGGAAGGGGUCGGUUCUCAGUGACCAAGCGAUGUGACCAGAGGGGGAGUAAACGGACAGUUGCAGCAAAACACGUUAACAAGAAGCUGCUGCGUCGAGAGCAGGUGCUGCAGGAGGUCAGACUCCUGCAGACUCUGGACCACCCCAACUUGGUCAAGCUGCUAGACACGUAUGAGACAGCCAACAGCUAUGUACUUGUACUGGAGAUGGCUGACCAGGGACGUUUCCUGGACUAUAUAGUGAGCUGGGGCAACUUGACUGAGGAGAAGGUGGCACUGUACCUCAGAGAUGUUCUUGAAGCGCUCCACUACCUGCAUAGCUGGAACAUAGCACACCUUGAUAUUAAACCUGAGAACGUUGUGGUGGAACAUGUGUCUUCCCAGCCAGUGAUCAAGCUGACGGAUUUUGGUGACGCCGUUCAGCUGAGCCCUCCCUCCUCCUAUAUCCAUCCUCUCCUGGGGAGUCCAGAGUUCUCUGCUCCUGAAGUGGUCCUGGGUCAGCCUGUGUCACUGAUGUCUGACCUCUGGAGCUUAGGGGUGGUGACCUACGUUGUACUAAGUGGCGCCUCUCCCUUCCUGGAUGAGAGUUUGGAGGAGACGUGUCUGAACAUCUGUCGCCUGGACUUCAGCUUCCCAGAGGACUACUUCCAGGGUGUGAGCCCAGCUGCCAGGGACUUUGUCUGUCUUCUUCUCCAGGGUGAGCCAGAGCGACGGCCCUCUGCAGCAUCCUGCCUGCAGGAGCCCUGGCUCCAGCCUCGAGGUGUGAUAAACACUGGACACGCCAUCUUAAAUCAUAUAAAGCCACCAGCGCUGCCGCCAUCUCAGAACCGUCAUUCCUCACAUCUGGACACGUCCAGACUCAUUUCCUUCAUCGAGAGACGCAAACACCAGAAUGAUGUUCGGCCCAUUGAAACCAUUAAGGCUUUUCUUCACAAUCGCCUGCUCAACCACAUGUAACAAACAGGUCACUGGGUAGAUGUGACAGCAACAACAUGUGCUGUAGGCAAUGGUUCCUGCCUCUGCAGCACACUAUGGAGGAUGAGUAACGAGUUAACUCAGUUCAGCUGAGCUGUGUUGAAACCAUACUGAGUGGACCACCAGCAACUUUCCACAAUGAUCACCUCUCCCUUCACUAAGCCACAAAAGUCCUGCUGCUGCUGACUGACUGACUUCUGCUGAUAAACCCUUUGACUCUCCCCCACCACCCCCCAAAUAUGGCAUACUAUCACUAUGCCUGCACAACAACUGUUUGAAUCUGUUUGAGAUUUCAAACCUUGACUAAGCAGGGAGAAAACCGAGCUUUCUCAACAAGCCAGCGUGAGCGAGCCUCACGCUUCGGACAGUGUUAAACAGAGAAAAUAGAAUACUGUAUAUUAAAGAGUAAUUCAGGCUGUUUUCGGUUGAACACAAGAAAAUGUUUUUUGUAACGAGAGAUUACUUUUUGUAAAUGAAACCAUGUACAGUGAGGAAACAGAGACCUGUCUUUAUUCAUACCUUUUGGAAAACAAAGGUGAGUUAAUAAGUAGAAAGAAAACAAGAGAACUGAGCUGUGUGAACAAAGUGGCAUCCAUGAGCAGGGUCCACUUAUUUGAGAUGAAGACCAAAACCAUGUUUUCCAGAAACACAUUGUAGUGACAUUCAGUGCAAUAGUUUGCUUAUCUUUACACCCUGUUCACUUUGAAAGUUGAAAUCAUUUAAGUCUAUGACACUAGAAACUAAAUUACCUUGACUAAUCAUUCAGGAUAUUCGGCAAAGCUUCUCAGAUUUCUACCUGCAUCCGCCUUAUUUGUAAAUAACGUAUUCCUGCCUUUCAUUCUCAUUUUGAAAAAUUUGAGUAUUAGUGAGUCCGUGCAGUCACUCCCUGCGGACCCUCAACAGCUGGAUCUCACUAUGAACAAACCGCUACUAGAAAUGCACUCGUAUUUUGCAUAAAUUCCCACGUGCAAUGUUGCAGCUUUAACAUUUAUGCAACUAUUUAUGAAGACUUGUGUUGUAGCCGUAUUCUUAAAAAGGCAUGUACGUACCUGGUACUGCGAUAGAUGUCUGUAUUGUGUUAACUCUUAUGUAUUAAGUUCAGUAUUAAUAUCUGAAACAAACCCCAGACAAGAGAAGGGUUUUCAGAAAUAAUGUAUAAAAAUGUGUAUCUAUAAAAGCACUUAUGCUUUCAUUUUGUCAUUGUUCUGUUUUUAUUUUCUGUAACAAUACCAAAGUUGUCUAUGCUUUCUUUUCCUGCUAAAAUGUGUUUUUUAUGAUUUCUCAUGUUAAGUUAUAACAGACCACACUGAACCCAGACAUAUGAGCGUUUACAAAGGUUCAGUCUGGCUUUAUUUAUUCUUAUUGUAAUAAGGAGUUGUUUGGUGGUUUAUUGCUGAAAAAAAAAAUCAAUAUUUCACUUGUCUUUUUUCAAGCUGUGCACAAAGUGGUUUGCUGUGUGAGUUCGUUGGAUUUUUCGUAGGUUGAUGCUGGUAUAUGUGGCAAGAUUUUUUUGUUUUUUUUAGCUUAUCAGCUUGACGUCAAAAGACAGAAUUUGGUUGACAUUUUUUUUUUUUACCAAGCUAGACAAAUGUCUCAUUGUGGGCCAUUCACAACAGACUCAAGUUUCUUCUUCUGUUGUUUACUUCAGCUUUGCUCGGAUUGUAACUUCUGUUUCUCAACUUCUCAGAACGUAACUUCUAUCUUAUAAAAUACCACAGACAUGAUUGGAGAAAACAUUAUGCCUUUUAGGGGACACCCAAAUAAAUCCCACUGAUAAAUAUCCCUCAGCAUGAACAGAUAUCUGCCAUGAGAGAGAGCUCUUCCAUUUAUUUUCAUUUGAGUAAGUUAAUGUCUUUAGGUGAAGAAGUUGUUGAAAACUUCUUUUUUUAAGUGCCAUCUGAAUCAAAGUCAAACUAGAGAGAUGGGUAAAUCUAAACACUUGCGUUGCUUCUUAUUUUAUUUGCAGGUUGUAAGAAUUACUGUCAGAUAAUCUGAUGUAAUGUUAAAAAAGUCGAUAACAUGAGUUCAUUGACUCUUGUUGGUCUGUACAGUCUAAGUCUCUCAUUUUGUGUCAUUUUUAUUUAUUGAUGUGGAUCCGGGUUUCCCAAAAUCAUACUGUUCAUCAGUUUAUUAAAUUCUCUUAAAAGCCUAUUAAUGGAAGAAUAUGAUCUAGGUAAUAAAAUGCCUUUGGGAAACCCAUCCUAUACGUGAUGUAAAGAUGUACAGAGAGGGUUGGGCAGUUUGCCUGCACCCAGGAUGUAAACCUCAUAACAAUGUCAUAUUUUAAAUACACAUAAAGCAAGACUGCAGCAAUGUCAUUUUGAAUGUCUUAUUAUGACUUAUUUUUACUUUUGCAUGUAUAUUUCUUUGUACAGAAGAUUGUGUUGACAUGUUACAAAGUGUUGUAAAUAUUUUAUUUUGUCCUCUGUUUUUUUUUUUUGUUUGUUUUUUGUUUUUUGCCAUUAAACGUAGAAGGAACAGCCAGUGCUGCUUUGUGUACACAUGCAGUA